AUGCCUACACGUGUUUCGAGCUCUGCUGGCUUCCUCGUCCUGUCAACGUUGCUUUGCCAGGCGUCUGCUGCGAUAACAUGGCGCAACUGCUCGAGUAAUGAUACUGCGAUCAUCGGAAUCCCACUCAACGACACUCGCGUUCAGUGUGCUGAGUUCUCUGUGCCCCUCGACUGGAGCGACACCUCAGCACAGAAAAUUACCAUAGGACUUACACGCCUAGCAGCAACAAAACCUGGCAACCGCAUUGGCAGCUUGUUCGUGAAUCCUGGUGGUCCAGGUGUACCGACUUCAGAACUUAUCGGGGCACAGGCGCUUGGCUUCGAGUUCUUCCCAGACUCAAUCACGGAGGCCUUCGACUUGAUCGGCAUGGAUCCGCGCGGGUUUGGGCUGAGUACAGGCAUACAGUGUGAUCCUGAUCUCUGGAACCAACGCGUCACACAAUUUCCCAGCUCGCAAGAGGAUUUCGACACCGUCGUCUCAACGCAGAUCCAAAUUUGGGAGUCCUGCUAUAACAUGUCCGGCCCGCUCUUGUACAACAUCGACACCAGAUCUGUCGCCCGGGAUAUGGAAGCCGUCCGCAUCGCCCUCAACGAUGGCCCACUCAACUUCCUAGGUAUCUCCUAUGGCACUGUCAUCGCUCAGACAUAUGCGCAGCUCUUUCCGGAGAGCUACCGCACUAUCGCCAUGGAUGGUAUUGUCGACCACACCAGCUCGGCCACAAAUCUCUUCUUCACCGCCGCCCAGACCCUUGAGUCUGUCAUCAACCAAUUCGCACUAUGGUGCAACACUACCGACACCACCAAUUGCCCCCUCACCGGCCGCGACGUACUUUCAAUCUGGAACACUACGGUCACAUCCGCUCUCAACCACCCCAUUCCGGCUCCCGGCUGCAUCGGCACCCCAGCCUCGCUCCUCAACGGCUCCUGCUACGCCAACGUCACGGCCACCGAAUUCCUCAGCGUCAUGCGCGACGCCCUGCGCUUGACUGAGGGCAACGCUACCGCCGUUUCACAAACAUACGCCAAGUCCAGCCUCGCCCGCUCGAAGUACGCUAGCGCAACGUUUGCGGCUGUGGCGAUCCCCUGCUUGGACUUCCGCAACGCACUCGCCAACUACGAUGAUUUACGCUACCGCUUGGAGUUGGGCAGCUAUAUUGCGCCGCUGUCGCGCGGGGCGAGCCACACCUGGACCGAGCAAAUGCAAUGUCUCGGCUUCGGCCACCGCCCGACUUACCCACAGCAGAAUAUGGACGUGCCGUGGAACUACAACCCCAGCCCGAUCACGUUCCUCAACGGCUCUGUAGAAGCCCAGCUUCCCAGCAACGAGACCACGAACACGGCGGUGUUGCUCGUGCAGAGCAAGUACGACCCGAGCUGCAAUUACCUGUGGGCGGAGAAUGUAAGAGCGGGGAUCGAUAAUUCAACGUUGCUGCUCAGGGAUGGGGCCGGGCACACAAGCUACCUAUUGCACGGCGAGGCGAGCGAUGCCAUCAACGCAUACUUGCUUAACUUGACGCUACCGGCGCCGGCAUCGGUUGUGGCGACGUGA